AUGCUUCCGUCGAAACAAGGUAGCUUUGGUACGCCAGGGAAGCCUUUCUCCGUAUCGUUCUCAAACGCGUCUAGAAAGCCGCCCAACAUCCCGCAAAAUGCAAGACCACGUGUUAGCUCAUCGCUGAGACAUCGCCAACAUAUAAGUCAUGACGAUUCCGAAGAGGAAGAAGAAGUACCUGUUGCCGAGGAGGUAACGGGUUUCGCCAUGGGUGGGGCAAUCAGCAAGAAUACGGCAUCAAAGAAAGAACCUCUUGUCAUCAAAGUAGAAAGCAAGAAUAAUUGGCGCGAUCGACCGGGAACCAAUCGCAGGGGUAAAAAUCUACUCCCACAGGAGGUGCAGGCUGCUGGAAAUGUGGCUGUUGUAGAAACCGAGACGCCCAGUAUGUCCUACGGUCUUAGUCUUGCCCCGGCAAAAACUGCGACUGCCGGGAAUGUCACUGAUGAGAAGGAAGCGGACGUGCCUAUGGAAGACGCUGUACCUACGUCUGAAAACGAUCCUCGUGCACCUCUUACUCAAGAUGAGAUUGCGCUGCAGGCACUCAUUCGUGAGAGUGAAGGCGGCGAUAAGGUAAGGCGGUCCGAUAUAGUCAUCGCAUCAACCACAGCAGGAAGCCGCUACGACGAAACGAGCUCUUUUCGGGCAGAUGUUGCUACACGUCCUGAUCAGGCGAGCCUGGAUGCCUACGAUGCGGUCCCGGUUGAAGAGUUUGGCGCAGCCUUAUUAAGAGGUAUGGGCUGGAAGGAAGGUCAGGCUAUUGGACGAGGAAAUUAUGGAAAUACCAGCGCUGCGAACGAGGCUCGUGUUCCUCAGCGGCGGCCCGGGUUUCUAGGAAUUGGCGCUAAAGAUAUUGGAGGUGCCAAAGGUGCCGAAGUUGAAAUUGGUGCAUGGGGAAAAGCCGCAAUGCGCAAAGGUUCUAGGAAGGGUGGCGAUGGUAGUGGAAAUACGGAAGGGGUCUACAUGCCGGUCGUCAUGAAAAGUAAGAUGACAGGUGAACAUUUAACUGAGGAAGAGUUCAAACUCCGUCAAAAGGAGGCUAGUGAAAGAAAAGCAAAUGGGAGAUCGGAUGGUCACUCAUCUCGUCCAUCUACUAUUAACGGCCGGGAUAAAGGCCGGACACGCCGUUAUGACGACGAGAGUGAUUCAGACCGCGAUCGAAGCAGGCGGCACGGAAAGUCGUCUACCUCACGACAAGAUCGAAGUCUAUCCUCUGGAGCUCAUGACCGUCGAAGCCGUCGCUAUGAUGAUGAUGACGAUGAUAAGAGGUCUUCCCGAGAUCAUCGACGGUACCGCGAUAGAGCUGAUAGUGAUUAUAAGAGCAGACCUCGAUCGAGAGAACGAAGUCAUCGUGAUUCCGGUCACUCGAGACGGGGUCAAGAUUAUCAUCGCACUAGAGACCGAGAUCGUGAUUCUGACCAACCACAUCAUACCAGCGCUUUCGAUAAGGUCUUUCAUCAUAGACAUCAUAGUGAGCAGGAUGGAAAGCCAGCACCGCCACAAGCAAAGAAAGAGAGCGAAAUACACAAGCUUGAAGGCGAUUUGAAGAAAGACGAACAGAAGCUUGAGGACUAUAUUGACAAGGAUGAGGAACUUGAAGAGCAGGGUAAAACCUACGGGGUUUUGACGUGA